AUGCUAGUUCAAGUAGAAAAAAGUUUAUUUCGCAAAGGAAAAAACAUCGAUGGAGAUAUGAAGAAUCCAAUUGAGACACAUUCCAGCAAAUCAUGUAAGAUUAAGAACGAUCAUGAAGAAUGUUCAUAUGACGUUAUUUCAAGUGAUGAUGUAAUUAGCAAGGCGAAAAAAAUCAAUGAAGAUUUGAAGAAGCCAAUUAAGAUUCAUUCCCGUAACUCUUUGAAGCUUAAGAAAGAUAGAGAUCUAUUUCUAUGUCAAUUUCUAAAGUUUGCAAGAAAAAAAAAAGACUAUAUGUUGUUAUAUGUUGACAGGAUUCAAUGUAAGCAAAUGCCAUUUGUGAGAAGAUUUCCUGUAAUUAAUUUCUGGACAUCAGAUCAACUUAAGUUUAGAGAAAGCAAGAAAUUGGACAAUGGUGGUUUCGGUAAUGGAGUUGAUGUUGCAAAUUGUAAUAAAGAUUUUGAAAGUGGAUCGAUAUUAGACUUGUAUAAGAAAGUGGAAAUGACAUUGCAAAAGCGUGGAAAUCAUAAAAAUUUUCAAUUUUAUAGAUUGAAAUUACAAGAGAUUGUUUCUGUUAUUUCUAAAUUCCAACAGAGUGAAGUAAAAAAUGAUUCAAGUUCUGACUCAUUUCGAAGGAAAAUUAGUUUUGAGGAGGACUCCUUCAUACAUCACGGUAAGGAAAUUGGAAAAAUGUUUUUGAAUGAAGAUAUAGCAUCGUUUGAUUUAGGAAUAGAGUCUGAGAUAUAUACCCCAAAAAAGCAUUGUUUAAGUUCAGAUCAUGAAAUGCAAGAGAAAUCAAUAUCUAAAGUGGUAUUUGAUUCUCCAGUGAAUGUAUUGGGUAAAAAUUUGCAUGUUCCAAGUAGUUUGAGUAAAAGAGAUCAAAUCAAUCGCCAUCAAAUUCAAGGCCAAAAAGAGAUCAAAUGUUACCUCCAGUAA